AUGCCUGCGCGUGGCCCUCCGUCUCCGAGCUCGCAACCUGCAAAGCGACAGCGACAAAACUCUUUUGACGAUGAUUCACCGCGCAACGGCCAGUCGAGCCCCCGUAACCGUGAACGUGAACGUCUCCAGGCCGACGGCGCAUCUGCCCCCGCCUCGGCAUCUUCCACCACCGCCUCUCCAACAGUAACGGCCAAGGCAGGCCAGAGCAGUAACUUUCGCAACGUCAGUGCCUGUAACCGUUGUCGCCUACGUAAGAACCGUUGCGAUCAGAAGCUUCCGAGCUGCGCAAGCUGCGCCAAGGCGGGAGUUGCUUGUGUUGGUUAUGAUCCCAUUACAAAGAAGGAAAUACCACGAAGUUAUGUUUUUUAUCUCGAAACUCGAGUAGAGCAGUUAGAGAACUUGCUCAAUGCCAACAACAUCGCCUUCCCCCCAGCCGAAAAUCUCGAAUUGUGUUCCAGGUUAGGUGCCGACACCGCCAGUAUCAACUCAAAUACAGAAACAGGGUAUUCUGCAGCAUCAGAAACUGGCGAUCGCGGUAUGGGCAGACCCCAGACUCAAGCAGUCGAAUCGCUGAAAAAGAAGUCAGGCCAAGCGGGUUUCCUCAACAACAUUGUGAGCCCUUCGAAACCUCGUUCUCUUGCUUCUGCAUCCGGCGUCUCUUUUGCGCGGGUCGUGUAUGCUGCAGUUCAAUAUUCGGCUGCUGGACAACCGAACUCGAAUGAUUCGAGAGCUCCUAGGCAACCGAGCGGAAAUGGAGCUUCUCUGCGCGAUUCCUUCUUUGGUCUGCAUACCAGGCCUUCAAUCAAGCCCGCCGCUUUCCCCAGCAAAGAGGUUGGCUUGCGACUUGUGCGAUUAUAUUUUGAACAUUCUAACCCUCAGAUCCCUAUUCUGCACAGGGGAGAGUUUAUGCAGACAUUUGAACGUAUUUACGCGACUAAGGAUCCGGCUCGAGGUUCGCGAGAAUUGUACCUGUUGAAUAUGGUUUUCGCUAUUGGCUGUGGUGUCAUUGUGGGUGAACCAGUUAAAACAGAAUCAUCUGGUGAUUCUGGUAUGGACAACAGGAGCCGUUGUGAGCCCGAAGAGUAUCAUGCGAGCGCCAUUGUGCACCUGGAAUCGUGCUUGAGCAACAGCGGGGGAGGUUUAGAGGUGCUGCAAGCUGUGCUUCUUCUCGCCAAUUUUGCUCUCCUUCGUCCCGUCCCCCCUGGUCUUUGGUACAUUAUUGGAGUUGCUGUGCGACUCGCAGUUGAUCUUGGUCUACACUAUGAGGAUGACCGAGAAAUCGAUGCUGGGCCCAACGAAACUGAACAGACUGACGGUGCUCGGGAGAAUGGCGCUCAGGGUCGUGGAAAGAAAUUGUGGAUUCGAGAUAUGCGACGACGUCUCUGGUGGUGCACGUACUCUCUAGAUCGCCUGGUCAGCACAUGCGUUGGAAGACCAUUUGGCGUGAGUGAUCAGGUCAUCACAACCGAGUUUCCCUCACUGUUGGACGACGACUAUAUUACGCCGACUGGGUUUCGGGAUUCACCACCAGACCAGAUCCAACCCAGCUACAAGCAUGUUGCGCAUCAUUAUUUCCGCCUGCGGCUGCUGCAGUCCGAGAUUCUCCAAGUGUUGCAGUACAACCAGGCCCAGAUCGCCAAAGCUGGCGUGCAAGGCAAGUAUCCCGAUAUGCACAUUCAUUUGCCGUCGCCGUUUCUGGUGCAAUUCGAUUCGUUUCGGUCGUGGCGCAUAGACAUCGAUCGACGGCUGUAUCAAUGGAAGACGUCAGCACCGUCAAAACAGGAGACUGGUGUCAUGUUUUCGACGGAGUUCCUGGAGCUCAACUACUGGCAGGCCAUCAUCAUGCUUUAUCGUCAGAGUCUCAGCGUUCCAGCUAUGUUUGAGGGCGAGUACAACUCAUCAAACGAGGUCAACAGCCCAACGGCCUUCCAAGCAGAGCUUCGUGAAGACGAGGACCGUAUUUAUCUCAAGGUCGCUGAGGCAGGGCAAAAGAUUCUUCGUUUGUAUCGACAACUUCACCUCAGUGGGCUUGUGAGCUAUACAUAUCUUUCCACGCAUCACCUGUUCAUGGCAGGAAUCUCGUACCUUUAUGCCAUAUGGCAUUCGCCCAUCGUACGAAGUCGCCUGAGCAUGGAUGAAGUGGACUUUACUAUUCUCGCUGCCAAAUCGGUUCUCACAGAUAUGAUCGACAAGUGUCCGCCCGCCGAGACAUGCCGAGAUGCAUUCGAUCGAACGGCCAAGGCCACCAUUAAGAUGACCUCUUCCACAGGCGGUUUCGGUGCACAGGCGGCCCGAAGACAGCGUUCUGCAUGGAACACGCCACCAGACUCGUCAAAGACGUCUGCCCAAACACGUCACCGUCCUCAGGGCUCAGACCAGGCGUCUUAUCCAAUCGACCUGUCCCUCUCUGACUCCCUUUCUUCUCCUAGCAUGUCAGUCACCGGCGACGGAAAUGCGCAGCCAUCGCCGCCGAUGGCACGGUCAGCUGAAGGAUACUUGAUACAAUCACGAAGCCGGGGCGGGCCAAGUCCAUCAGACUCUGGUCUCAAGCAAGAAGGAUCUCCUGUAGAGUCAGGCAUGGUUCCUUCACCUGUUCCUCGAAGGAUGACUUCCCAGCCUUCCAAUGGAGGAUCAUUUGCGGGACAACAGCAAUUCAACGGGCAAGAUUACCCAGAUGCACAGACUAUGGAAUUCCUCCAGAAUCUGGGAGCGUCUUCAAACGGUGAUUUCAACCCUAUGGACCAGUCACAGCUCGACAUGGGACUCAGCAUGAAUUGGGAAGGUCUUCAUCAUGACUUUGGCGAGGCACCUCAGCUGAAUCCCUUUGAUACCUUUUUCUUUGGUGGUCCUCAAGGAGGAGGUAACCAAGACGGUGGCAUGAACAUUAUCUACCCAACCGAGGCCCUCAUUCUAAAACAGUCGCGGAAACAUUAUCGUAUACCUGUGCGAUCACAGCACUGGCAGCUACGUUCUCUGAUUAGCGCCGAGAAACAAGGCAUCGUAUAUUUUCCCGGAGGCACCGGUAGCAAUCACAUCCAGCGACUGAACAUAUCAACUCGAGAAUGCGAAACUAUCAAACUCCUGACUUUUGCGCCGCGAUGUCUUGUUGCUGAGAAAGGAUGGUUGUGCUGUGGGAGUGAAAGUGGCGACUUCGUGGCGAUGCGGCUCGAUGAAGGAAACGAAGACAACGAAGAUCCUCUGUCUGGAAUCGAUCCAGAAACUCGACUGUAUCUCGGCCUCGAUGCUUACCCUAACGAUCCCGUAUUCUCUCUCAUCUCGCGCGCCAGGCGAUCCCAAAAGAACAUGAUCGCCAAAAGUAUGAAGUUGGCCAAAGACAGGGUGAACUGUAUCACGCUCUGGUUUCCACCCACGACAAUGCUGGCUAAUGCAAAAGCCUACAGGGAACCAGUAGCAGUGUUGGCCAAUAACGACCGGACCGUUACCCUAGUCAGCCUACGUGAUUUUGACGAGAAAGACAAGACAGAGGCGUUGGAUAUUAUCACAUAUCCCGACUUUGUGAACCGAUCUCUCCUAUCCCCCGAUGGAAGGUUCCUCAUUUCCAUUCUGGAUGAUCCAUACAUGUACAUCCACGAGCGAGUGAGGAAGACUGCCGAAUCGCCAGCAACCAAGUCGCCUGAUGAUGUCGCAUACCAAUGGGAGCAGACUCAAAGAAUUCUACUCAAAAGCCAAAGAAAAGACGACAGGACUGAUAGUAGGGGAAGCUUCGCGGCCUGUUUCUCGGAAUCAGGAGCAUACCUCGCUAUCGGAACUCAACAUGGUACAAUUUCUAUCUUCAACGCUGCUCUUCUUGCAGAUCCCGAUGCCGACCCCCUUAUCACAACCUUUGAGUCCUCCCGACCACGCAGUGGUCCUGGUGCUAUCCGAGAUAUGGCCUUUUGUCCUGGUCCGUACGACUUGUUAGCCUGGACAGAGGAUAGAGGACACGUCGGGAUCGUCGAUAUGCGAAGUAACUUUGUCAUUCGCCAGAUUGUCGAUAUUGAAGAUCCAGUGUUUGAGCAUAUCAACAUUCCAGACCGAAGCACCGUUGACCCGCGCAAUUUAGAGAGUCGUCGCGAUAGAAGAGAUCAGGCGACGGGUACGAGCGCUACAGACAAUCACACACGCCGUGACGUGCUUGAACAUCUCAACACCCCUCUUACUGCUAGUGAGACGUUAGUGCUCGAAGCCAUGCAAAUGGGCCGAACCAAUCGUGAGAGAUUGAUCCAGCGAGCUUCGGCGGCGGCAGAGGAUAGGCCGAUUGGGGGGCCAACCACCUUUUGGGCCCGUCGCCGGGGUCUUCCUUCUACUGCUGCUGCCAUUGGCAAUGCUGAGCAGUCUAAUGAUCGUGGAAGCAGUACCGUUGGCCGCGCCAUGGGGGGUAUUCUAGGCAAUGGUUAUCGGUUUCGUCCUGGUGGCAUGAUCUCGCGAGCUACACGGCCCUCAGGCCUUGCAGAGGGCGAAUCCCUUGAAGACUUCGCAAGAAGAAGACGUGAAGAGGAGCGUCGGCAAGAAAGUCUUGGUGAAACCGUGGCGAUGCUCAGCAGGGAACGCCAGAGACAAGACCCUUCCUACCUCCAAGUGCUUGAUAUCCUCCAGGCGCGAGAGCGAGACGCCGAUCGCGACCUAGAUGACACGACUAUCAUAGUACCACUUGUAAAUCAAGUUGUGAACAGAUGGGGGGAGGAGGAUCAUGGUGUUUUCGAGGUGCCGCCUUCGCCAGACAACACCGCCGGGCUGGCUUGGAGUGAAGAUGGUCGUGUUCUUUUUGUCGGCGCACAGAACGGCAUAUAUGAGCUUCACGUCGACGUGCAGAGCAGAAAGUUUUGCCCCAGUAUUUCGUUGAGGUGA